UUUCAAAGCAAAUACUGCUCAUCUGAAACCCGUUGUAUUGAAUAGGUUGGACACAUAAAAUAAGUGUUAUUUCAGUAUUAAUGCAUGAUUUACUCACAGUUAUGUUAAAAGUAUAAUAUUAACCGUUCGAUUGAUAUCAACGUCUAUAGGCGUUUAGUCGAUUUAUUGCUGUGUGCGGUGAAUACCUACAUAGUGCGUUCUAUAGUUCAAUGACGUAUGUACAUAUUAUUUUGUGGUGUUCCCAACGUCAAUGACGUUAUUAAACAAUUGAAAAGUAUUGUGCUUCAUUUAUUCUACGCGUUCAAACGCCACGUUUAUGGAAUCCGUCAAUUUGUUGGGUUUGAGAUUCUAUUAUCGAAGUUAAAAAACUCAUUUUAAACGCGACGCGAAACGUCAGUUCAAUACAUCGCGAUUUACCAAUCAUUUUACUCGACAUUUAAUAAACAGCUUGCAACCGCAUUGUACGCGAGACACCUUGUACAUAUAUUCUUCUUCCUCCGUAUAUUACUUUUCUCUGUCUUUUAGUCCCCCUGUCCCCUUUCUCUCUUCGUUCGUCAGCUCUUCUCUUUCCCACUGUUUAUUCAUAAGCAUUAAAGUACCUUCACUCUAAUGAGUCUUCGAAAGGAUAAGAUUGCGUGGCGGAAAAAAGUACGAGUCGAUCGCGACCCGAUUUGAAAAUCGACGUGUUAUUCCGUCGGGAUUGUUUGACUGGUAAUUAGAAGUGCAACGGUAAACACAGACGGAAAUAUGCGGUGCUUAUAGAUUUUUAUCGUGUAAUAUUUACGAAGGAUUGCAGUAAUGUCUAAAAAGACCAGUUGCAAUAAAAUGUUGGUACAUCAAUUAUCAUCUGUGCUGCCUAAUGAUAGGCCAAUCACUGCUAUAAGUGUUGUCGAAGACAUAGAUAAAUGUCCACCAAAUUUCACAGUGAUCUCUAGAACGUACGAUCAAGACACUGAUGCCGAUUUAGGAAGAGAAACUGGACUGUUUAUUAAAAAGAGAGCCAGAUACAUAUGUUUCUCAAAGACUGAAGGGUUACCUCAUUGCGUAAUCGAAGAUCUGGCUGUCAUUAACGAACGAGAUUCUCCUCCAGACGGAUACAGCAUGAUUUCUUAUACUGUAGAUUCAAUGCAGAAGGCAUGGAGAAAGAAACAAUUGUGCUAUAAAAUUAGAAAUAAGGAAUUAUGCUUGAAAGCAGUUACGGAUAUUAUUAUAUGUAGUGGAAUUUUGCGCAAAGUGUAUACAUCUAAAAUGGCCCCAAGCGGUUUCGUCGCAGCCGGUGUCAUAAACGGAGUUUGCGUUUGCUACAAAACUGUGGAUAUUGCAAAUGGGAAUUCUAGUUCGCAAUCGUAUGUUAAUAUAGAUUUAUUUCAAAAUGCAUCUCCAAAUCCAUCGAAUGGAACACCUCACAAAAUACCUCCUGAAAGGCCACCGAAACCAAAGUUUUCACCAAAACCAACGAAUGGAAUUUAUCCGCAAAUUGGAGGGAAUGCGGGAAAGGAACUGGAGGAAUCCAGUGACAGAGAUUACGAAAUAUUAAGUCCCAGUGCGAGAAUCAGGCCCACGAGACCUGCCCCGCAGCCACCUUCGUCGUCGGUUGGAUCCACAUCGAUCUAUGGUACACUACCAGGUUCAUCCGAUUUGGAUGGGGUCCCAUUCGUCCUUCAUCCGCGUCUUAGUGUUCACUCGGAUUCCUCUAGUAAUAAACUUCCUGUGAUGAAAGUCUGGACUCAGAAAGACCUGGAUAAGGAGUUUUGUUACGAUUUCCGCGCGGAAAGAGAAACGUGAAGAAACCACUGUGCCAAACCAAUUGUGUGAUUCUUCAUGCAAUUCUACAGCUAUAUCUAUACAAUUGUAUUGAUAAUAUAGCGAAAAUACUAGCCAAGUGUAAUAGAGUGCCUGAAUCGUUUUAACAUCUACCGAUGAGAUGUUCGAGUGUCAUAAUGUCCAUUUUCCGAUAUACUUUUCGUUCUCCCAUGUCCUAUUUAGAUUUUGAUACGAGUGACAAUUAGCAUUGUAUUUUUAUAGAGUUGCGUUGUAUUUUUAUAGGUAGUAGAAGUUAUAUAUAAUUGUAUCAUACGUUCUAGUUGUUUAUAAAGCAUUACAGAAUAUUUAAUAUUGUACUGAUGUACUCCUAUUUCUUAAAUCAGAUUUAAGAUUCUUUUAAUAAAGUCAUCUAUAAUUUUAUUUGCAACAAGGGAACAACCACAUUCACAUUUUCAUCCUGAAAUUCACGUCUAUCGAUUCCUAAUUCUGUACUCGACAGCUUACAGAAACUUUUGAUAUUUUUAUAAUCCAUAAUUACGUGUAUAGAGCUUUCCGGGCGUCAUUGAGAUGAAAUAAAAUUAAGUAAUAAUUUAUAUACAUUU